AUGUCUGGUUUAGACAACCUCAUCAAUAUAUCCACGUUGGAAAGAGGCCUCCAGCUGCUCGGAGCAGUCACAGCUGCAUCGACUGUGUUCAAGGUCUUAUCUCUUGCGCGAUUAUAUCUAUCGCCGUCCAGCAUCUCAGUCAAUCGCUGGAAGCAUGGCAACCCUUAUGCGCUCGUCACAGGUGCAACUGAUGGAAUCGGGUUCGGCAUAGCUGAGGCACUUGCUGCUCGAAGCUUCAACAUAAUCCUUCACGGUCGAGACAGAAACAAAUUGGAAGCUCGCCGAGCAACAUUGCAAAAGCAACAUCCAGGCCUUAGAACCGAGAUUCUUGUUUUCGAUGUCCUGAAAGACCCGUACGACGACAUUGAGAACUUGAUCUCCGGCAUAUCACAUCUAAACAUCACCAUACUGGUCAACAAUGUCGGCGGAAUACCCUUCAUGCCCGCCUACAUCAAUUUCACCGAAUUUGACUCUUCCCAAAUCGACGCUGUCAUCGACAUCAACGCUCGCUUCCUGGCACACUUCACACGAUACAUGAUGCCUAUUCUAUCCAAGAAUGGCCCGGCGCUGAUCAUGAACAUUGGAUCUGCGGCACAAAUCGGCGUGCCUGGGGCGACGAUGUAUUCAGGUACUAAGGGCUUUGUCCUCAGCUUUUCGGAAGCACUAGCCCGGGAGUGCAAGAUUUCAAAGACUCCUGUUGAUGUGCUCAACAUCAACCUAGGCGACGUGAGUAGUAAGUCGACUCCUACUCCAGUGAAGUUUGGGAAUCCCCUUGCAAAAGACUUUGGGAGAGACGUUAUCGCUCGAGUAGGAGCAGCAAUUGCAUCGGACAGAAAUACGGUCACUCCCCACAUACCGCAUGCUAUACUCUUUGGAGUCUUGAAAUCUUUACCCGAGUUUGUGAAGGUUGCUUUCAUGCGCAACAUCAUUCAGGACGCACGGGCGCUGCACAGAAAGAUAUUCAAUCUGAAGGAGGAAUGA